UGUAGCGUCAGAGUGCAUAGACAAGUCGCUCACAUCUGUCCGCGCCGAGUAACUCCAUCUCACUUACGGCUCAACUCUCGCUGUCCUCCUACCCGCAAUCUCGUACCUUUGCACCACACGGGGACCUGCCGGAACGCUCGCCGAAAGAAGAGCGCCAUGGCCCGCGUGGUGGGAGAAGGGAUGCCUGAGUCAACCGUAGGAGUAGGUGUGAUGCUGAACCGGCGGAGGGGUAAAGGCAGGCGGAGAAAGCGAAAGGAGGUGUUCGCUGUACAGAUGUGCUUCAUGGGGUUUCUGCUGGGACUGGUUGUUGGGCUCAAGAAUGUGGCACAGAAAGGAGCAGACCACAUUCCAGCCUCCACGCUACUCGAUGACCCGAGGUGGGAGAGUCGACACCUUUUACAAGACUUCUACAACAACCAGUCUAAGCUCUUCCCAGAGCUUGACAAAAACUGUACCGAACCAGCCAUUCACGAGUUCCCCAGAGACUACUUCACAAACCAGGAACGCAUUGAUGGAGCCGUGGGAUUGCAUGUCCUAUGUGCAGUCUAUAUGUUCUAUGCCUUGGCUAUUGUGUGUGAUGAUUACUUCGUCCCUUCACUUGACAAGAUAUGCGAGCGCCUUCAUCUGAGUGAGGAUGUUGCAGGGGCAACCUUCAUGGCUGCAGGAAGUUCAGCACCUGAAUUGUUCACCUCAGUCAUAGGAGUAUUCAUUACUAAAGGGGACGUUGGGGUCGGCACCAUUGUUGGCUCAGCUGUCUUCAAUAUCCUCUGCAUUAUCGGAGUGUGUGGGAUAUUUGCGACGCAGACCAUCCAUUUGUCCUGCUGGCCUCUGCUCAGAGACUCCACCUACUACACUCUUUCUAUCUCUGCCCUUAUUGUGUUCAUAUAUGAUGAAAAAGUGGUCUGGUGGGAAGCACUGACGUUGAUCCUGAUGUAUUUCGUCUAUAUUUUGAUCAUGAAACUCAACUCCCAUGUGGUUCGCUUUCUGGAGAGGAGGAAGAAGAACUCAUCCAAUUUACGCAAUGGAGCCACUAAUCACGGCGAGCUCGAUGAUGGCUCUGAUGCAACCGCUGUGCUGUUGAAAAAAGCAAACCGUCACAGGAAAACAUCCGUGUUGAUGGUUGAUGAGCUGCUUUCAGCGUACCCCCACCAGCUGUCCUUCUCGGAGGCCGGCAUGAGAAUCAUGAUCACCAGCCAUUUCUCCCCGAGAACCCGCCUCACCAUGGCCUCCCGAAUGCUCAUCACUGAGAGACAACGGCUGAUCAACACACGAAUUUUGACCAACGGCGACUCGGAUGGGCCAGUGAAAGGAACGAGCAAGCGGGCCAUAGAAAACGGGCUGACUGGAGCAGAGCGCGGACUUAACAUGCAGCGUGAGGAUCACGAGGCAGGAAAUGAGAUGGAGAAUGAAGACAAUGAGAAUAAUGAAAAUGAUGAGGAAGAAGAAGAAGAGGAUGCAGAAGACCCUUUUGUGCCCUUUCGGUGUCCAGCCGGUACGUGCAACAAAUUGAAGUGGCUGCUGGCCUGGCCCCUGUGCCUACUGCUGUACUUCACUGUGCCCAACUGUUCCACACCUCGCUGGGAGAACUGGUUCAUGCUGUCCUUUGUCGCCUCAACCCUGUGGAUCGCAGCCUUCUCCUACAUCAUGGUUUGGAUGGUAACAGUGAUUGGCUUCACUCUCGGUAUCCCCGACGUCAUCAUGGGCAUCACUUUCCUGGCAGCUGGGACCAGCGUCCCUGAUUGCAUGGCCAGCCUCAUUGUGGCAAGACAAGGAAUGGGAGACAUGGCGGUGUCCAACUCCAUCGGUAGUAAUGUGUUUGACAUCUUGGUGGGCCUUGGCCUCCCCUGGGCCCUGAAGACACUUGCUAUUAACUACGGCUCUGAUAUCAAAUUAUACAGCAAAGGACUGAUUUUUUCUGUCGGGCUCCUGUUGGCAUCUGUUUUUCUGACGGUUAUUGGAGUUCACCUCAACAAGUGGACACUGGACAAGCGCCUCGGUCUCAUGUGUCUCCUCCUCUACUCCGUCUUCCUGUGUUUCUCUUGCCUCAUCGAGUACAACAUCUUCACUUUUGUCAACCUGCCCACCUGCAGGGAUGACUAAGUUACACCCACACGCGCGCACACAAUUUCAAAUGUCAUGUGGCAUUUGAAUAUGAAAUACGUGGCAGUGCAACCGGAAUGAGAUGCAAAAAUGCAAAUUGAAUUAACAAGAAGAGUUGCAGAUAACCUUCGCGUUCUUUCAUUCUUGAGUGGGGAAUCACACAUUUAUCUAUUUAUUUAUUGACAAAUUGUAUUUAUGAACCCUUUCCGGGACCGUGGUUACUACAGUGGACAGCUUAUGAGGAAAUCAGGUUACAGGGAGCAUGAAAAAGUUAAUAUGAAAAGCGGACAGAUAGGAAUGAGUGACUGGGACGACAUCCAAGACGAAAGCGGCCACAACCGCAAAUUUCUGCUCCGGUAGACUUUUUUUUCUUUUCUCCGAUGACGAUAUCUCCAAGUUGACAGUAAUCAUUCUGUAGGCAACAUUUGACACGACUGGAAGGUUGCAGUUGAGCAUUGUGGACUGAUGUGAUUCCAAGUCGAUAAUGUGCCAUCUGAUCGGAAACGCCACGUUUGUUCGGCAGCCGAGACGAUGUCUCAACUGUCAUCUGAGCAUAUCCUGGAUUAUGUUACAUUAUUCCAGAUCCAGAAUUGAUAGCGUUGAGCGAUGGGACACAUUGCCUAUGUUUAUUUAUUCUCUAACUAUCCAAAACACACCAGGGCAAUAAUUAUCCAGUCAUAUUUUUUAAAUGAAAGCGUCAAAGCUGAUGUACGGAGGUUUGUAUUUCAAAAGACUUUGUUAGCUUUAUGGAGAGCUUUUGGUUCCCCCCUUGUAAAUAGUUUUCUGUAAAUAGCCUCGGAUGGCGCAUAUAUUAUUUAUUGGUGUCAUACGCACAUAUCUCUUCUGGAGGUCACGGAACCGUCGAUAGGUUUAUUUAUGGUGCCAGGGGCGCUGCAAUCCACUCUUAGGAGGGAAACACUUCUUUACAGAUGUGUACCGACAAGCACAAUUGCUUUUGAUUACCUUUUUUUUUUAAUGAAUCUAUUUUAGAUGCACCGUGUGUUGAUAUUAGGAAAUAAAAUUUUAAAAAAAUUUUACCUUGCACUGUAGAGGCUAAACUAGCUUCAGAGGAAGACCUCUUGGUCUCGGUGAUUCUUCUGUUGUGCUCCAAAAAUGCUCCAUUGCUGAUUAUAGGGAUGCGUUUCCUUGUAAGAUGAAGCAGUUGCGUCAAGUGUUCCAGGAGAGUACUGCUCGAGUGUUGAUCGGGAGUGACGGCGUCGCCGCAUUGAAGCAAAGUAUGGAAAAUCAUUGACUGCUGCUUUUCGCUCCUUUAAUAUGAUGACUUAAUUCAAAACACUGAUGGCAUUAUUUGAUUAGCCACUCUUUGGUAGAUUGAUGUCUUGCUUCAAGAUGUAAUAUAUCCUCGUUGGGGUACUUUAUUUUUGGGGUCGAGAAACUUUGUAUUUUCUAUCACCUAAUGUUUAGAUUUGUCCCAAUUUGGUAGGUUUGUUGGAAAUGAAUAUUUUUACUAGAUUUUAGGACAUGUAACAUGUACGUUUGUGAAUACUCCUGAGGACUUCAACUCCACUCCAGGAGUCCACAAACAGCACAGAAUUCACACUUAUUCCUUAAAAGACUUUCACAACUGUUAAAACCUGUUGACUCUUGCACAGUACACUUUGAAAUUAGGUGCUUUUUUUUCUGCUUCUAAAUUUAUAAGACAAUGUAUUUUCCUCAGUUAUUCAAUUUAUUUUGAUUAAUCAUGAUAAAAAAAGAUUUCAAUUGUAUCAAAAUGUUUUUUUUUUCAUUUUGUUUGAUUUUUGUUUUGUUAUAGUGGGUGACGCUCAUUUAUCUAUUUCUGGCAGAUUCUUCUGUGUUGUUACAGGAAAACAGGAUUUAAAUUUGUUGAAUACCGGUAUAUAUAAUGCAAUAAUUAUGAUCAUACAAACAUGAUAGUAUCCCACUUGAAAGGCUUUAUGGGUUGUAAAAAGAAAAGUACAUGUCUGUGUCUUGUAUGUAAGGUAUGACACUUUACCUGCUGAUCUCGCAUUUAAAAUCUGUUAUUAUAUAUAUAUAUAUGUACACACAUACACAUACAGGUAAUUCUAGUUGCUGGUAGGGUGGGGGGGUAUAUGGAUAUAUAUACAGUAUACAUACACACACAUUGUAUGAAAGGUCUCCUCCCCACUUGAAAAUAAUUCACUGAGGAAAAUGCAGACUGGACUAGCUAGCACCAACAAGUUCGAUGUUUUGUUUUGUGGCAAAAUAUUGUUAUUGACAGUAUAUUACAGUAUUGAAAUAUGUUUCAGUUUUUUCCCGGAGACCAACGUGUUAUGUUUGCAUGCCGAGUCAUUGAUACAAAAUGGAAUGCAAGGCAUUGACGAUUCAGUAUAAUCCAGGCAAUUAUCCCAAGAAUAGCAGUUGAUGGAUUAUUUCAUCCAUUUAUUUCAGGGGUGUCAAACUAAAUUUUGGCACGGGCCAAAUUUGUGUUACCGUUUCACUUGGUGGGCCGUUAUGACUGAAAUCAUAUUAAGAAGUCAAGAAUAACUGUUGAUUCAACUAUUGUUUAAGUUAAUAUCAUGAGGGGUUUGGUAACAAGAAAAUGCUUAGAAUAUAUAUCUUAUUUAUUGCAUAUGAGAAUAAAAAUGUGGGUAGACAUUUUAGAAAGGAUCAUGGAAGUUGACUUUCGCGGGCCACAUCAAAUGAUGUGGCGGGCCAGAUUUGGCCCCCGGGGCUUGCAUUUGACACCAGUGAUUUAUUUGAUCAAAGAAAUGUAGUCCAGUGCACAUCCCUUGUUUGGACCUGUCCACGUUCCAAUAUUUGUCCGCAGAUGCAGCAUUUUCCAUGUCUGGAAACUUUUUUUUGACUUUUUUUGGAGUAUCGUACGGAACAGAACAUAUUUAUUACCACGCACUUUAUCCCACAGUACAUUGUUACCCAUUUGUUUUGAAAUGUUUCUCUGCUGCUAUUUCCAACAGAUAUCUAAAACCAAAACAAUAUACAACACCGCAUGGUUUUAAACUCACCAAACCGCCCGCCACAACAAUAUUUGUAUUUGGAAACAAAAUGUUGUCUUGGAGAUUCUCACAUGUCUGAUACCCGUAUAGAGGAUUUAUCGCAGAUGUAUAAUAUGUCUAUAAUAGUUGUAAAUGUAUAUAUAUUUUUUGUCUCCAUAUGUACAGUAUAUUUGUCGAAACUAUUUUCAUAGAUCGUAGGACGCCUGUGUACUCCUCUUUGUUUUGUUGUGAGUGAGACCUUUGAAGCUAUUUGUUUACUCGCAUGGAGAUUCAUGUUCAAUAGAGAAAUGAUUCAUAGGACAUCUUAAUGUAUAUUUGGAUAGAAUUCCCAAGCACUGGAUUUUUUUCAAAUAAUUACUGAGUAGACGUGCAUGCUCUUGCUUGGAUGCAGUGAGAUUGAAAGCGGGCGGAGAGGAUCGCUAGUUGCAGAAUACAUUUCUUUAUUAGUGCAAAGUGUUACCACUUCUGAAAACAAGGAAAACUUCAACUGGAUGGUUUGCUUUGUGUUUAGAUGUUUCAAAUGUCCUUUUAGAGAUCAUUUUGCUACCAGAGCAUUAAUAAAUAUGUAUUUGCUAAAGGCAACUAAA